AAGUUUUUGUAUAAGGUUUAGGAAUUUAUGAACUUUGAUGAGGGGUAUGGUUUCUAGCUUGGUAUGUGGACGGAAUAACGAGCAAUUCUGUUUUCAUUUUUAUUUUCUAUUUUUUUUUUUAUCAAUUUAAGAUUUUUAUGAACUUCUAGGUUUUGGGUAUUUGAAUUUGACCAUCACUGAUCUUUUUCUUUUUCAUUUUCUUCCAAAAAAAAAAAAAAAUUGCCAGCUUUGUGUUUAGACAAUUUAGUAGGGUGAUUAAAUAUUAUGAGUGUGCUUUAAGGUCGGUUUCUAUAUUGCUUUAAGAUCACAAACACUUCGCAAGUGUUUGUGGAAUUGUCUUGGGAAUUGCCUGGUUGAAACAAAGUAUUAAAGGAAAUUGAAAGGAACCAAAAAAAAAAAAAAAAUUGAAGAAUGAGUAGAAAGCAGUUGGGGUUGAAAUCUGCUUCAGAGAGAUGAAGGGUAGUUUUGCGGAGGAGCUUUACUCGGAAAGUUUGCAGCAUCAAAUAGAAACUGAUCUCAUGCCAAGUCCCAGACGUGACCAAAGUGAUUCUCAUGAUGAAGAACCAUGGUGUGGUUCUGAUGAGGAGUUAGACAGACCAGAUUUGGACAGGGAGUGGCAGCGAAGACAUGACCAAUUCCAUACAAGUGGAUAUCGCGAUGGUCUCAUAGCAGGAAAAGAAGCUGCUGCACAAGAGGGAUUUAAUAUCGGCUUUAAGGAAUCAGUCCUUGUUGGGUACAACUGGGGUCUAGUUAGAGGUGUUACCAGUGCCUUCGCUUUACUACCUGAUGACUUGAAAGAGAGGUUGAUUGAAAGACGAGAAAAGAGGACUGAAUUCCAGAAAUUGUAUGAAUCUGCGUACUCUAUUUCAACAACAGAUGCUCUUAGGUUGUUUAAUGAAUCUCUUACAGCAAAAAAAGCUGCAGAACAGAGUGAAAAUGCAGAGAUUGAGACCUCCAGAGCAGGUUUGCAAGAGCAAAGAUCAGAACAAAAUCAAUUGUUAAAUUAUGCUGCGGAGCUUCGAUCACUUGUACUUGAAUCUCCUGCAGUAACAGUGAAAUCAUUGUAGACAAGUAGUUUGUUCCAUAGCAUUAGCUUUCGUUAUAUUCAAUAUGUACUGUCUAGUAUACUGAUAUAGUAAUGGAUCAUGAUCUGCACAGGGUUGUUGUGACAAUUUUUACCAAUUAUUAUGUCCGAAUAAAUUUUGGUCGGAAAUUUUCUUUUUCAUGACCAUGUUUUAGAACC